CCUGCCCCUCCCUGCCACCGCAACCCGCCCCUGCGCCUGCCCCUCCACCGUUCCAGGCCGCGGCGCCGCCCCCUCCCUGCGGCCCUCCUGGCCACCGCAGCGUGCCCCGCGGCCCUCCCUGCCAUCGCGGCGUGCCCCGCGGCCCUCCCCGCCACCGCAGCCCGCCCCUCCACCCAGCCAGGCCGUGGCGCCGCCCCCUCCCCGUGGCCCUCCCUGCCACCGCGGCGUGCCCCGCGUCCCUCCCCGCCACCGCAGUGCGCCCUUGCGCCAUCCACGACCCGCCCCGCGCCGACCUUCCUCAACCACCGCCGGAGCCAGGAAGUUACAGUGUAAAUAUAGGGGCAGUUUACACUAUAAUUCCUGGGGGAGGUUGCAUUGCCUGGAGGAAAGGCAGAGGAGGGUGAUGCUGAUGAUGCAGCAACAACACUAAGGGAGGCAAAGGAGGAGAUUGGGCUUGAUUCAGCCUUGGUCACUGUCGUUUCCUCGCUUGAGCACUUCUUGCCCAAGUUGUUUCGUCGCUGCGAGGGUCUGGUGUUCGACGACCUCCCCGUGCGUUCAACGAGCUCCGCCCCGACGUUCGUGGGUGUUGACAGAUGGUGGGCACGGGUCGAGAGCGCUCCGAGGCUCCUUCCUCGGCACGUGGGGGGGGGGGGGGGGUUCCAUUCCCCCCCAGACCCUCCGGAGAGCGCUAGAUCUCACUAUGCAGACACCACCGGUGGUCGCUUCUUCUUAGGCUGGGAGAGGUCGGGGUGGGGAAGAAGAAGGAGUAGGCUAGUAGAGGUGGACGUGGAGGCGGGAGAGGUAGGAAGGCUGCUACUACGCCUUCCUCACCGCCACCCCCAGCUGAUUCACCUGACCACAUGACUGCUCCGUCUGAGAUGGAGCCGCCUAAGGUGGACCCAUCUCGGACCCCGGUCCACGAGCCUCGGGCCGACGAGCCUUUGCCCCACGAGACUCCGGUCCCAGAGGCUCCGUCCCACGAGACUCUGGAUCAGGCUACGUCGCAGCCGGACCGAUUGGGGGACUGGCCGGAGUAGAGUGGCCAUGCUGAUGGUGGGGAGCGUGGCUAUAGUUCUAAUAGCUAUAGUGAGAGCGAGCGGGUUGAGGGGGGCAAUGUCUACCAGCGUGGUGGUACAAAGCUCCCGACCACCCCGGCGACCCCUGACCAGAGGUGGUUGAUUAUGCCUGAUGGGCAGAAGUCUUGGAAACACGGUCAUGGUGUCCGCAGGCCCAACACAGUCUUUGGUGUGAUUUGUCGCCAGAGCUUCCCGGGGUGGGUCACAUUGCCCGGUGAGGGCCAGGUUUCAGAGCUAGGAAUCACCUGGGAGCACUACUUGGCUGCCCCGGCCCCGCUGGGGGAGAGGAUCGGCGGUGUUGAGUGCCACACGGUGGCCGACGUUGUGAUCUAGACAUUUUGGACCUUCUACAGGUGUGCUGCGGGACAGGAGGAGGCCGCGGCUCGGGUUAUCGACGUCGAGUGCAGGCGCCUACUUCAAAACUGGCGGAACGGGGCUCGGACGCAGGCUAUUCGAGACUACUUGCCCUCGACUGGUAUUAGGAUGUCCAAGUCGAAGUGCCACACAAAGUAUCUGAGUAAGGAGAAGUACAUGAAGGUGCACCCGAGAUGGUGUGCGGAUAGGCUGGAUUGUUGGGAGGCGUUGGUGGAUGAGUGGUGCUCUCCCCAAUGGCUAUCCACCAACAAUAAAGCAAAGGAUCGGCGUGACAAAAUGAGCGGUGUGCCACACCAUCAAGGAAGCGUCAACCUAUAUCAGUACGGGGAUAACUGGGCGCGACACAACAAGACGGAUGUGCCAGAGCUGUUUGACCUCUAUGCCAUGGCCCAUAGUGCCCCGUAUAAGAAGGCCAAGGCAUUCUCUGAGUCUGAUCUCGAUGAUCCAAAGAACUUCACCAACCGCGCGUCCCACAACAAGCUCGUGAGGUACAGAGACGAGGGGAAGGCGAGGAAAGGGCCGAACUUUAACCCGAGCCAGCCUAUUGAUCCAGAGCUGGUGAUGAUAUCUUGUGGCAGGAGGCACCAUGGCUUGUUAGCCAUUGGGGAUGGACUGAUACGUUGUACUAGAACUCUCUCGCAGAUCAAGAGGCGCCAGUCGAGCUCCGAUCAUGAGAUAAGGCCUCGUCCACGGCCAAUGGAUCUCGAAAUCAAGGCUACUAUUGAGGUAGAGAGAGCAAAUACCCAGGAGCUUCUGGCAGAGGAAAGGAGGCAGGCAGCGGAGAGGGAGAGGGAGAUUGAGGAGAGGAUGGCUAGGCUUUUGGAGGAGGAGAGGAACCGAAACGACUUGGCUAACCAGGCCAUAUACGAGCUCUUCGCGUCCAUGUGCGAGAAGAACGGUCAGAACCCUCCGCCGAUGUCAGUCAUUGCUCCGGCGGGCACACAUAACUCCCGACAAGCAUCGACGUCUGCCACUAGCGCGAGCAAGAACCCCGAUCCUCCUCCGUCCGCCACUACCGCGAGCAAGAACCCCGAUCCUUCACCUACGGGUUGACGACCUGGGAAUCUACGAUAUUAAUGUCAAGUUGCAGCGAUGGAAGAAGAUAUGGAAGAGAGGGAAAUUCCAUGCUUUGAUUCCAUACAUGAGUUUCUACAAUCCACAAGAAAGGGUGAUGCAGUGCCUAGUGACGCGCACAUUCAUAAGGUAUGGCUCAGUAUGCUUAAGGGCGGGAGCCCACUCUCAUCAAGAAAGAGGACAAGCUUGGAGGUGACAGGGGUCUUGUGAUGAAUUAUGUCACUAUUUAGUAGCCCUUUUGGUGCAGUAGUGCUUGCUUGAUUUCUCAUAUUGUUCUUGGCUUUUGUCAUUAAGCUUGUUGUUUCCCCAUGUCGUUGGUGUGCGUAAGUGGCUGAAUGGAUUAUGAUAUAAUGAACCUUCAGUUCUUGGAGCUGCAUUAGAAACCGUGUGCGUCAUUGUUUAAUUUUCUUGACAAUGCAUCUGCAGGCAGUAGCUUAGCCUUGCCAUUUGACAGUUUGCUCUCCCAAACCUAAAUUCAUCCCUCAAGAGUGAAUAACGAUGACAUGUCUAGAGCUAGUGGUUUGUCUCUCCCUAAAGAAAUAGAGAUGGUGAUGGUUGCAUGCUGUCUCACUGAUAUGCCUUAAUUAAUUUAGUGAAUUUAGUUAGUGUUUUCUUAGCAAAGCAAUGAUACUGGUGAGUACAAUAUGUAAACUGUAUCUUUAGCUACAUGUUUAGGUAACUACAUAUAUGGUGUUGUAUUGCUGCCUGAAGAUCUUGUU